GGAGUAGAUUCACAACAAUCAAACACACAUAAUAAAAUGGCCACCAAUAUGCCAGUCGAUUUACAACACGAAGAAGAAGAUGCGUCAGAGUUAAAAUUCCCGAAAGAGUUUGAGCAAGCAGAGACUCUACUCAAUUCUGAAGUACAUAUGUUGUUAGAACACAGGAAAGCACAAAAUGAAAGUGCAGAGGAAGAGCAAGAAUUAAGUGAGGUUUUUAUGAAAACUUUAAAUUAUACACAGAGGUUCUCCAGAUUCAAAAACAGGGAAACAAUCACAGAAGUUAGAAGUCUUUUAAUGCAGAAAAAACUUCACAAGUUUGAACUGUCAUCGAUAUCUAAUCUGUGUCCUGAGAGUGCAGAGGAAGCAAAAGCUUUGAUUCCAAGUCUUGAAGGACGUUUUGAAGAUGAAGAACUGCAAGAAAUACUAGACAAUAUACAAACAAAGAGAAGCUUCCAGUAUUAGAAUUUCAGAUCAAUAGUAAUACUGUAUGCAAUCCACCAUCUACUAUGUAAUAGUGCCAGCCUCUGUCCUGAGUUCACUCUUCUUUCAUCCUUCCUACACUAUAUUUCUUCAAUUGAUGAUUGUUCUGCAAAGUCUCCUUGUGUUUUGAACGCUGACAACAAAGUGUUAGUAUUGAUGGUUUGGGUAAUAAAAAAAGAAAGUAAACUAAAAUAAUUGAUAAUUUGGAUGAAAUGAAUUUGGCAGUCCCAAGAAUAAUCUCAGGCGAGCUGCAUUUAGAUGUUGGUUUCAUAGUGUGUUGCUUCUCACUUACCACCAUCAGCACUUACCUUGCCAACCAGUCAUGCCACAUGAAAGCAAAACGUA